GUCUUCUGUUGGCGGACCGGGAAGUACCCACAGGCUGGGCGAUGGGAUUUCUGGAGGCCGUGUUUGGGGCCAGCCCGAAGCCGCAGUUUCCCCCGCGAUAGAGAGGUCCUGAGGGGGCGGACUCCCAGGUCCCGAGGUAAAGAUCGUUGGGGGCUGAAUCGGGACCUUAGAAGGAAGCCCGGGAACCCAACCUUUACGGCCCCUGUUGCAGCCUAUUCUCUGACCCUCACGUCUAAGCGGCCUUUGCCAGAAGCUGUCCGGAAGCAGGUCCACCUGGUUAUCGGAUGGAGGGGUCUAAGACGUCCAGCAGCACCAUGCAGGUGAGCUUCGUGUGUCAGCGCUGUAGCCAGCCCCUGAAAUUGGACACGAGCUUCAAGAUCUUGGACCGUGUCACCAUCCAGGAGCUCACAGCGCCAUUACUUACCACAACCCAGGUGAAACCAGGAGAGACCCAGGAGGAAGAGGCUAACUCAGGAGAGGAGCCAUUUACUGAAACUCGCCAGGAUGGUGUCUCUCGCAGAUUCAUCCCCCCAGCCAGGAUGAUGUCUACAGAAAGUGCUAACAGCUUCACUCUGAUUGGGGAGGCAUCUGAUGGUGGCACCAUGGAGAAUCUCAGCCGAAGACUCAAGGUCACUGGGGACCUUUUUGACAUCAUGUCAGGCCAGACAGAUGUGGAUCACCCACUGUGUGAAGAAUGCACAGAUACUCUUUUAGACCAGCUGGACACUCAGCUCAAUGUCACUGAAAAUGAGUGUCAGAACUACAAAUGCUGUUUGGAGAUACUAGAGCAAGUAAAUGAGGAUGACAGUGAACAGUUACAGAGGGAGCUGAGGGAGCUGGUAUUAGAGGAGGAAAGGCUGAUCCAAGAGCUGGAAGAUGUGGAAAAGAACCGCAAGGUAGUAGCAGAAAAUCUGGAGAAGGUCCAGGCUGAAGCCGAGAGACUAGAUCAGGAAGAAGCUCAGUACCAGAGGGAAUACAGUGAAUUUAAACGACAACAAUUGGAGCUGGAUGAUGAGCUGAAGAGUGUAGAAAACCAGAUGCGAUAUGCUCAGAUACAACUGGACAAGCUGAAGAAAACCAAUGUCUUUAAUGCAACUUUUCACAUAUGGCAUAGUGGGCAGUUCGGCACAAUCAAUAACUUCAGACUGGGUCGCCUACCCAGUGUUCCUGUGGAAUGGAAUGAGAUUAAUGCUGCCUGGGGCCAGACAGUGUUGCUGCUCCAUGCCCUGGCCAAUAAGAUGGGUCUGAAAUUUCAGAGGUAUCGACUUGUUCCCUAUGGAAAUCAUUCCUAUCUGGAGUCUCUGACAGACAAAUCUAAGGAGCUGCCAUUAUACUGUUCUGGGGGAUUGCGAUUUUUCUGGGACAACAAGUUUGACCAUGCGAUGGUGGCUUUCCUGGACUGUGUGCAGCAGUUCAAAGAAGAGGUAGAGAAAGGCGAGACACGAUUUUGUCUUCCUUACAGGAUGGAUGUGGAGAAAGGCAAGAUUGAAGACACUGGAGGCAGCGGUGGCUCCUACUCCAUCAAAACGCAAUUCAAUUCUGAGGAACAGUGGACAAAAGCUCUCAAGUUCAUGCUGACAAAUCUUAAGUGGGGUCUUGCUUGGGUAUCCUCACAAUUUUAUAACAAAUGACUUUUUUUCCUUAGGGGAUAUUUGCCUUGAUGGUUUUAAAUUUUGUUUUGUUUGGAAAAAAUGCUUAAAAUUAAAUUUGAUUAAUAUUAAACACCGUUUACAAUACUGAAAGAGACAAAAUUCACAAAAAGCCACUUUAUUUUAAAAUAUCAUGACAAAUUCCAGGGUUAUAAUAUUCCAUAUAUGCCUAGCAGAUCUUGUCAUGGUUUUAACCUCAUGCUUUCCUUUCUUGUCCCCCAAAACAACUAACUUAAGUUUGCUUUUUUUUUGAGUUGAAUUGAGAUUAGUAUGUUUUCACUGGAUUUUAUCUCUCAACUUCCUAGACUUAAAUUAUGAAACUUUGGUCUCCACUGCAACAAUAAAAUGUAUGAAACAGGAAUAACAGGAAAAUGGCAUCUACAUUCUGCCUGGUCAACAUGAGAUAUGAUCAGAAGCUUGAAAUUCAACACUUCUCCUCACUCAGUUCUAGCACUGAGUGCCUACUCUGCUAUAUAUGAGAGUUAUGAAAUGGUGUUUGAUACUGUUUGAGACAUUAUGGAGAGAUUUAAUUCUUUGUAAUAAAAGAUUUGUUACAGUCUGAUAACAACC